AUGUCUAUUCCUAAUGGAUGCAAGAGAGUGAGGAACCUGUCGCUUCGUGAACGUUUGAUUACUGACUCUGAGCUAACACCAGGAACAUUUGUAGGCUUCACAUUCUUGACGAAGCUCGAUCUAUCACAUAACCAGAUAUCCAAAAUAAAUGCAAACACCUUUAUUGGAGCACCACAGCUGGGGUCCAUAGACUUGAUGUAUAACAACAUAAAUACAUUCAGCGAGUUUGCACUCAAUGGCUCAGAAAACCUCCAAAAUAUCUUCCUUGGACGGAACUACCUGAUAGCUGUAGAAGAGACAACAUUUCAACAAGCACCGGCACUAAGGCGCAUCGAUCUUUCGUGGAAUCACCUUGCUAGCUUAAGAAAUACCAUCUUCCAACAUCUAUGGAAUCUUGAAUAUCUUGACCUCCAUGAGAACAAACUAAUCAAUCUACCAACAGACAUAUUCACGGACCAGUCACUGUUGAUCUUCUUAGAUAUAUCAAACAAUUUGUUAUCAACCCUAGAAUCCAACCAUUUUAUCAAUCUGGUUGAAUUGAGAAAACUUGAUUUGUCUGGGAACAGGUUGAUAUCCAUUCAUGGAAGUAUUUUUUCUCUACCACAUAUUGAGAGGUUGGAUUUGGGCGAGAACAGGUUAACGCAUCUCGGCAAUGAAACCUGGCUCAGUCAUGUUGAGCUGUACUUAGAGGGCAAUCCAUGGGUGUGUGAUUGUUCAUUCCAGCCUUUUCGUUCAGGAUGUCUCUGGGUGUCCCCAUUCUGUAACAUCAUCGACUCUCCAGUCUGUACCAGUCCUAGUGAUCUAACUAGACAUCAUAUGAAAGGGUUUAUCAACCAGACAUGCCAUGAUCUUCAAAACAAGGUUUUCAUGGUUAGAAAUCUAACUGACGACAAAAAGCCAAAUAAUAAAAAUGAUUCGAACUAUGCAACUGGACAAGAUAGCAAUAUUAGUGUAGUUCCGAGCUCCUCAUAUUACAUGUUGUUGGUUUUAGUGCCUUUAUGUAUUCUUUUUGCCUACGUUUAUUAUUCGCUCAGAAAUCUUAGAAAAAUAAACCAUGUCGUAACGAUUCGAAGUUCAAACAGUGAGCAACCUACAUUGCCUCUUAAAGAACCUGCCAUGAAAAGGCACUGUGAUCGUGGUGAUAGCACUCCAAGUAAGUUCUCGUCCCAAAGACCCAAACCAACAGCCAGACCUUCGAAGAAAAGCAACAGACGUUUUUGUGGGAUACAACUCGAUCUAACCAAGUGUAAGAGAAAUUUGAACGACUCUUUCAACGAUUCAGACUGUUAAACAAAUAGCAAUUUGGUGGUUCUCAAUGUAAAAUGGAACUCGCCACAACAAUUGAUAUUUUGUUAUUACACUAUUUCAUGGGGCUGAAUCUUCAUCUACUAUUAUUUUAGUUAUUUUUUUUCAGUAUAUCACGGUUGUAAAUAUACAUGUAUUUAUAUAUUGGAACUAAAAUCCUGCCAAUAUAUAAUUUUAUUGCAAUUAGUCUACAGGCGAUUCAGCCUUCUAUACUUUCUUCCAAGUCCCCUUUCCUAUCAUUACUCUUCAAUGUUCUCUUUUCCUACAAUUAUAGUGUGCAAUGUAUUUAUACUC